AUGCUACUCCACCACAUUAUCCUCCUUCUCCACACUACCACAGCCUCUUCAGCAUUAAUCAUCCAUCUACCAAGCAUCUUCUCGUACCCAGGUCACAGUGGAAACCACAACGGUAGUCUUUUUGCCAGGCAGAAUAAUGCGGAUAGUGUGUCAACCUGUGGUUACUUGAAUGGGAACCCUUCCAAACCACGAACUGCAAACUCUGGCUACAAUUGUCGGGUCGAUACUCAGGACGGUCUCUGGGGCUUCUGCCCUACCUCUGUCAUAGCAGCUAGUGAUUGUGGGUUGGCUGGAAGCUGUGUUGACCAGUUCAAGUGCUCCAAGGGAUGUGGCUUUAUUGACAAGACCCAGUUAACGACCUUUACGUGCGAAUCAACACAACAAUGCGGAACUGCUAUUCUCACUGCAGGUGUCGAUCAAACAUAUACAUAUAUUGCCUGUGGAGGAGAGGCUUUCACAGAUCACUACAUGAUCACACCAACGGCAGACCCUCAGCCAAAAACUACUAAAGAACCACCUAAAGUAGUAUCAACAUCAGACCCUUCGAGUUCACAGCCCAAACUAACCCAGUCACAAACCCAACCGAGCUCCACAAGCUCACCAAAUUCUCACACUACAGAUGUUGCUUCACAGUCAAAGCAAGCUUCAUCAUCAACGGUUACAAGCGCCACGCUUGGAGCCAACUCUCCCAGCGUCAGUCCAGCUGCAGAUUCCGGUAAGCCUAAUAACAUUGUGCUUAUUAUUGGAGGCGUCCUAGGUGGACUUGCUCUUCUUUGCAUUUCUGCCAUCGCCAUCUUUUACCUUUGGCGCCGAAACCAGAAUCAGGCCCCAGCACCAACUAUGACACCAGUUCGUCCGUCAUGGGGCCAGAAAAGCGAGGCAUCAUGCCGUCCUUCCCGACGAAUAACGCGCCAGGAAAUGUCAGCUUCUUCUAUCCAGCCCCCCAUAUAUGCUGAACUAGCCAGUUAGAAUAGUAAAAUGGUCUUCGAAGGAGCGUCUACGACGUUGGCUAGUUCGUCUACCAGAUACCAUAACAGCAAGAGGUAGACU